UGCUCGAUCCCCAAAUCGUGGAUUAGGGUGAAAAGGAACCAUUUUUUAUUUCUCGUCGCUGAAACAACAAAUCUCAGAUCGAAGAAGGAUCCAAUGGCGUUGAGAAGGGUUUACAGUGAAAUCAAAGGGAAGAAGGUGACAGAGCUACCAGGCUAUUUCAAAUCGACGUUUUCGAUGGAGACCGUGAAGACCUCUGUGAGGAGAGGACUCGAUAACUACAACGACAAAUACAUUCAGACCAGCUCCGUCGAGCCUCUCCUUCACGUCUGCUUCGGAGGUAUGGCUUUCUCUUACCUCGUCGCUCUCCCUAAUGAGCGUCGCCAUCUUGAGCACCAGCAGCAUGCUAAGGAGCACGGUGGUCAUUGAUCUCAGAGGGAAU